CAAAGGGGAGUCGUGUUGGGAGAAAAAAAACGGCUUAUAUUGACGUCAAAUGGAUGAAUGACUUUACCGCAUGUGCUGGUAUGACAGAGGCGAUCGGCACUUCUUGACCAAAUGAGCACCGAGAUCCUCAGCAGAUAAUUAACCUGAGAGACUGCCGCGGGGCUUUCCAAUUAACCAACACUGUAUUAUAUUUUUAAUUGAUGCUGUGUUCCUCCAAAAACUCCUUGUGAAUUCAUGAUUUAGUUGUGAGAGGAGGGGGUGAGAGCGACGCUGCAUCCCGCUGCUGACAGAGAGACCACUUGUACCGCCGUCACAACUGUGCCAAGAGACAGGGAGUCUUUGAAAGCCACCGGAGCGGACCCGACCGGCAUAUCAAUCAGCGUCCCGGAGAGCGACUCGCUCCGUUCGCACCAAGGCAUUGUCUUUAAAGGUGCGUGUGCGUGUGGAGGGGGGGAUACAGAGGAUGGAAAUGGCACUUUUUCCGUUUGAAGGAAGGAGGACAGCAACAGUCAGCGGCAAACAAAUGUAAGAGCCCAGCUGUGAUCGUCUUGCCACGGGUGCGCACCGGCGAUAAGGCGCAGGACCCGCAGGAUCAUCGAUUCGCACUUUGUGAUCUUGCGCUUGCGUAUGUGACACGAGCAGAGAAGGAAGAAGAACGGUGGGAUUAAAAAGGGGGUGCUUCUCCUCAACAAACACUCAAAUUGCUCCACCAUGGACACCAGGAUAUUGUUUUUGCUUGUUUGUUCUGCGGCAUUUUUCGCCGGGCUGCAGUGCGCCUCGCCAAGGACCACAGCGGGGAUGGAUCUCCCCACCGCCGGCUCGGGCAGCAUCAACAGCAGCGGCGGCGGUGGUGGAGGCAGCAGCGGGGAAACCGGGAGCAAACGGGACUUAAACCAAACCAUAAACUCCAGGCUCAAGAGGAAAACCCUAGCUGUGGAUUUUGCGGUCCCUUCUCUGUUGCGCUAUUACCUUGCGGAGUUCAUAAAAAGACCCCUGAACGGCGACUGCCAGACUUUUAGCGGAUGUUACACGGUGCGCGCAAACUUGACAAUGCAAUGCAUACCUUUGCAGAAAACCGUAGCUACUUUUGUGGACCCCAAGUCCUCUACGGACCCAGCACUGAGGAAUGCGUCCGCUGAUGGACAGCUCCCCUUCUUCUACAAGCGGCCGCUGUCCAAAGUUCUGAAAUUGGGCUUGACGAAAGCCAGCAGGAAAUCCAACCAAGUUGUGGUGGAAAUAGGAGAGGAUAUAGUCAGGACGGGAUGCGGGGGACUGUCUGUGUACGAGGAGGCCCCGGUGCUCACCCUGGGGAUGGACCUCACAACUAUUCUGGAGUGGUGGCUGGGCGCGGAGGGGGGCCGGCUCAGGGUCCGGCUCAUGCCCGAGAAAAAGGCGCAGGUGCCCGGGAUAGAGGAUCGGUACACCGCGGCCAUACGCGCUGCAGACCCCCGCCUCUUCCUUCAGAUAUCCUCCAGGGGUGAACCAUUGGCUGGUACGACUGCUGCUGGCAUUCCAAGAGGGUACUGGAGCUUCUCCUGGGUAGCCGAGGACGACCUGAGCUUCCCCAACGACUCCGUGCCCUCGUCAGAUUACCAAUGCCCUGGCAAUAGCAGAACAUGUGACCAGCACCUGGAGAGUAUCCCGGAGUACACUUGGAGUAUCGUGGCUGCCGGGGACCUGCGGGAGGAGAGGAACGAGAAAAGUGAAAAGAAGGCAGGAAGCCCCCAGGGGUGGGAGGAAGGUAAGAACGAAGGUCAGUUCCUCUGGGUGAAUAGUUCAGCCUUCGGUGGCCCGUGGGUGCUGAGUCCUUGGCUGUGGGGGGGCCAGGGUCCCUGCAGCCUGGACAUGGCUGUGUUCCUCCACCCCAAGCAAAGUGGGCAAUACACCAUUUGGCUCAUAGAGCGGGACAAACAGCCACUUGCCCUUUUCUCCACUGACACCCUGCCACGCAUCACAGGCUGGGCGGUGGUCCACCUCACCCUGGGGACCCACGGAGGAUCUCCUUUCCGGGUCUCAGCUAGCUACGAUCAGCGGGUUCCACAGGAUGACAUGGCCACCAUCGAGCCACACUUCACCACCAACUGCACCAUGGCGUCCUCACCCGGCCCUAACGUCACACUGGAGGGCCAGUACCACUGUCACCAGGGACCCGGGAUACCAAUGGACAAACUGUGUGACUUCACUCCAGACUGUCCACUCGGUGAUGACGAAGGCGACUUAUGUCGCCACUUCCUCAAUGGCAGCUACUGCUCGUUUGAAGAGGGCGAGUGCAGUUGGCAGUCAAUAACGGGCCGCAGUGUCUCCUGGAGAAGACUCCAGUCGCCAGCCAAGGCUACGAGACAGAGCUGCCCCUCAUCAGGUGCUACAUUCAGUGUGGAAGGAGGCCAGUCCAAAGGGCAGCGUGGCUCAGCAGUGCUAAGGAGCCCUCUCUUCCCUCCUCCUCUGAGAAACUCUCGAUGCACGGUGCGGUUCUGGCUGUGUUCUGGAGGCUUCCAGAGGGGGUCGCUGUCUCUGUGGAUAGCUGAGAACAGCACAGGCCCCGAGGUGCAGCGCAGACUGUGGAACUCAGCCAGCGAACUCAAAUUUGAAAGAGGCUGGAAACUCGUCAUACUUCCUCUUUACGGGCUGGCAGACUGGUUUUGGCUGCAGUUCAGCACAGAAGAUGGACCUGGAACCGGUUCAGCCAUCUCUAUUGACAACAUCUCUUUCAGUAUGGACUGCUUCCUGGCAUCCAAUGGUGAGUUUCCACCCGUGGCCACCAGCUCAACCCGGCUACCGUCCAGACCGACCAUCAAGACUACGCCGCCGUCCAUCAGAAGCCCUUUGAUCGACCCAGUCUCAGAUUACUCCAAGAAAUGGAUUUUUCAAACCUGUGGGGCUGUGGGCCCUGAAGGCCCGACUCCCACUCAGUGCCUCAACUUCUACAGGAACAGCAACGUCAACGUGACAGUCGGCACCCGAGGGCCCUUCAAAGGCAUUCAAAUGUGGCGGGUCCCGGAAACUGGCACCUACAGGAUCACAGCCUACGGUGCAGCUGGCGGUCGAAGUGUGUUGGCUAUGAGCAGGUCACAUGGCGUCUACAUCACAGGAGACUUCCCGCUGAGGAGGGGCGACCUGCUUUACAUCCUGGUGGGACAGCAAGGAGAGGACGCAUGCCCCAAUUCCAACGGCAUACUGAAUAGGAUCUGCCUGGAACAGAGCGGCCCGAUGGUGAACAAAACACAAGUGAAAGGAGGCGGAGGAGGAGGUGGUGGCGCUACAUAUGUGUUCAAGGUGGACAAAGAAGUGUUUAUCCCCCUCAUCAUCGCUGCUGGGGGAGGUGGCCGGGGCUACAGCAGCCUAUCAGAGACCCAGCUGGAGCAGAUGGACUAUGACCCCAGCCAACCGGGACGCAAUGGGAAGUCAAACGCUGCAGGUGGAGGCGGAGGUUGGAACGACACUGCUCCUGUCAGUCAUGGUGGCAGACCGCUGGUGCUCGGAGGCCAGGGAGGGCAGGCCUGUCAAAAGUUCUGGCAGACCCGUGGCGGCUUCGGGGGCGGCGGGGGCGGCUGCAUGUCUGGGGGCGCAGGCGGAGGCUACAGAGGUGGUAACACCUCUUUGGAUAACAACCCCAAACACGACGGUGACGAUGGCACGUCCUUCCUCGGCCCCGAGGGAGAGCCCUUCCUCUACCCUCUGAAAGCUAUGGAGGGGGAUGGAGAGGUGAUCAUCAGUCCUGUGCAGAACUGCAGCCAUUGUGAGAGCGGUGAAUGUCACGAGACCAAGGACAGUAUCGUGUGCUACUGUGAUGACGACCUGGUCCUGGCACCAGACAGGGUGUCCUGCAUCAACGUUACAGGUGUUAUUGUUGUGCCUCCCAAGGAGCCUCCCUCCCACCCGUUGCUGAUUCUGUCUGUGGUCACAUCAGCCCUCAUUGCCACCCUGCUGCUGGCCGUGUCCGGAGUCAUGAUAAUGUACAGACGGAAACACACUGAGCUGCAGUCUAUUCAGCUGGAGCUGCAGAGUCCAGACUGCAAGCUCAGUAAGCUGCGGGCAUCCACCAUCAUGACCGAUUACAACCCCAACUACUGCUUCGCCGGCAAGACGGCGUCCGUCAACGACCUGAAGGAAGUGCCGCGCCGUAAUAUCUCCCUCACCAGGGGUUUGGGUCAUGGUGCUUUCGGUGAAGUCUAUGAAGGGCUGGCAGUGGGAAUACCAGGUGAACCAAGUCCGCUGCAGGUGGCAGUUAAGACUCUUCCUGAGGUUUGCUCUGAACAAGAUGAAUUGGACUUCCUCAUGGAGGCACUGAUCAUCAGUAAGUUCAGCCACCAGAACAUUGUGCGCUGUAUAGGAGUCAGUCUGCAAGCCAUGCCCAGGUUCAUCCUGCUGGAGCUGAUGACCGGAGGAGACCUCAAGUCUUUCCUGAGGGAGACCAGACCCCGGCUGGAGCACCCGUCCAGCCUGACCAUGGUGGACCUCCUCAAUGUGGCCAGAGAUAUAGCUAAGGGCUGCCAGUAUCUGGAGGAAAACCAAUUUAUACACAGGGACAUUGCAGCUCGGAAUUGCCUACUGACCUGCAAAGGACCGGGCCGUGUGGCCAAGAUUGGAGAUUUCGGGAUGGCUCGAGACAUUUACAGGGCCAGCUAUUACAGGAAGGGUGGACGUGCCAUGCUACCAGUGAAGUGGAUGCCACCUGAAGCCUUCAUGGAGGGCAUCUUCACAUCUAAAACAGACACAUGGUCAUUUGGGGUUCUGCUGUGGGAGAUCUUCUCAUUGGGCUACAUGCCAUAUCCAAGCCGCAGUAAUCAGGAAGUGUUGGAGUUUGUAACCAACGGCGGAAGAAUGGACCCACCUAAAAACUGCCCUGGGCCAGUGUACCGUAUAAUGACCCAGAGUUGGCAGCAUCAGCCUGAAGACAGGCCCAACUUCUCAACUAUCCUGGAGAGAAUUGACUACUGCUUACAGGACCCUGAUGUGGUUACCAUGCCCCUGCCUGUAGAGUAUGGACCAAUCCCCGAAGAGGAGGAGCGUGUACCCAUGCACCCUGACGACCCCUCAGCUCCAACUGUGCUGGUGAAUGCCCAGGUGCCUGAUGGGGAGGUCCUGCAGCCGCCCCCAUCCUAUCCCACAGAGGAGACCAGGAGAGGCGGGGAGCACACUGUGGAGAUGAGCACAGCAUCUGAGGCCAAAGCACAGACAUCAGUCCAGCCCCAGCCCCAGCCCCAGCCAUACCUCCACCAGCACCAGCAGCCUCACACACAGACCUCCAUCACCAUUACAACCACUAACACAGCCACCUCCACAGCCUCUACACUCACUGCCAAGGGACCUCAUGUCACCACCCAGCCCAGCCCUGAGGGGGGCCACAUCAACCUGGCGUUCACCCAGGGCCACCCAGCAGAGAAGGAUGGCCACAAUGGAAAGAACACAAGUCUGUGGAACCCGACGUAUGGCUCGUGGUUCCUGCAGCAGAGGAAGCAGCAGCAGCAGCAGCAGCAGCAGCAGCAGCAGCAGAGGCAGGGAGGGGUGGGGGGAGUGGGAGGAAGUGGCAGCCGGGUGCCUGGCGAGGGGCAGGAGCACGUGGGCAGGACUGUGGCUGAGGUGGCCGGAGCUCUGGGUCUCCAGCACCAGCACAAGCAGUUCCAGCAUCAGCUGCAGCAGCAGCAUCAGCUCCAGCAGCAGCAUAAGCUCCAGCUGCUGCACCAUCAGCAGCAGCAGCAGCAGCAGCAGCAGGGUCUCUGCAGACCUCUGCUGCCCCCACCACCCCCUCCUGCCGCCCAGUCCCCUCUGCUUUUAGAUUCAGCUGCCUUGCCCCCGGUUCCCCUCUACAGACUGAGACGCUUCCCGUGUGGGAACAUCGGCUAUGGCUACCAGGAGCAGGGCCUGCCGCUGGAGGCCGCCCACGGGAACCCCAACGCCCCUCCUCCACCCAGUCAGCCCCAGCAGGGUAUCUCCUCAGCAGCCCACCAGAGAGGGGCCUCCAUCCCCACCUCAGUGUCCCUGGGUCGCUCAGGCAUGUCCGAGGACAGCCGUCCACUGCUGGUCACGAUGGGGACGGUACAGGACCCGAGGCUGCCAAGGAUGGAGGGCCACAACGCCACCGUGCUUUAGCCCAAAUGCCUGUACCGCCGGUCUUUUUUUUCUGUCUUUGGAGACUGUGUGUUCAGGACACAUAGCAGGAAACACUGUGUCAGGACAGAGACCGUUUUACACCACCCGUACCGUCCCAACAUUUUGGUUUCUUUCUCCAGUUCUCACUGAAACGGAGCUGAAUGAGUCCAUCAGGCUUUUCCCAUGAGAACCCUGGAGGUGUGUUCAAAUCCCCGAUGGAUGCUAAAGCACAUCAGAGAACUAAAAAAUAAAAAAGCUUUGAGAGGCAAAAUGUAGAGUAAAGGCUAGUUUUAAGAGUUUAAAAAUGUAUUUUUUCAACGCUCGACUGAGUGAGAAUACUGAGAAUGGAGAGUUUAUGUGACAGGAGGACACGAGGACAACUUCCCAUGUGUUCAUUGACUGCUGAGGUUGUCUCCUGAGAGACAGAAAAGAGAAAGGACUAUUAGCAGGAUUCAAAUCUCUAUAUUUUGCCAAACUUUAAGACUUAGUCACAAACUUUGGUGACCAGUUUGACUGUAGCAACUGUAAAGUUGUCUGCAGCUCCAAGCCACAUGUGUCCGUUCUCCUGCAGAACCCUCACACUGUUCCUGAUCCACAUCCUUUUGGAAAACAAACAGUGUGGUAAGUAACUUGUACCAGACCAUUUUUCAAGAAUAUCACAGAAUUGGACACUGGAUUACCAGAGACAUUUAUACGAAGAAAAAAAAAAUACUGGGAAAAAUGUGUUUGUUGAUGUUUGCUUGCCUGCUUGUUUAUUUAUUCAUUUGUUUAUUUAUUAUUUGGAAGUGGCUCUAUAAAUUAUUCAUGAAUACGCUUCGAACUAAUUCAUUUUGCAUCAACUGGUUUUCACUAUUUUUUCGAGCCGCAGGAUUUUUUUUUGCUAAUGUGGUGAUAAGAAGAAAAAGGUGAUAAAGGAGAGAUUUUUUAAAUGCUAAAUAUCCUGAAUGGUUUGUCACAACGCUGAUACAGUCGUGUCCUUUACGGUGGCCUUUAAGGUGGAGUAGACGGAUAAAUAGAGCGCUGAUGCACGUUGGGGAGAUUAUUUGACAAAAGAAUAAAACGGAUUACAGACAAGCCACCCUCAGCAACAUUUAAGAGUUCAACUUUUUACGACUGCUGAAGAUUUGUAAUAAGUCGCUGCCCCUGCUACUAUUGAAAUCACUGCUCUGCGGACUCUCCUUUUGUUCACAUCUCCAUUCUGUUGAAAGAGUGUAUUGAGACAGUGAAGUUGAGGCUUUUCUUUUCUUAUGGCUUUUUCAGUAACCUUUUAUCAGUUCAUUUCUUGUCAAAAAAAAAUCUUUCUUUCCCUUUUUUUUGGUCUGGAUUUAGAAACAUAGUGGAUAUUGCUGAAUCAAUCUUAACCUUCAAAUUGCCAUCUCGAAGCACUCUACGUUCCUAAAUUUGCAUAUUUUAUCUUUUCUAUUAUAGGAUGACUGUUGUGGAAUACAAAUGAGUCUGAGUGGAAAGUUUGAAUACAAACUGCUUUUGCUU